AUGGAAUCCGAGCGGCCUACCUGGACCAAGUUGCUGGAUGCUGCAUCAUCAUUUGUGAUCUUGGGCUUUGCUGAAGCAUUGUUCCUGGAGGCGUGCUUCUCGAACGGAUCCUAUGUCAUUCUUCAAUCCACCGGUUUCCUGCAGCCACAAAGAAGAAUACCGUCCCUGAAUACACUCUUUCUGUCGCUCGGUUUCGCGCUACUAGCUGUACCUGCCACACACGCAACGACGGCAAACAAGUGGUUUGAGGCCAACCCAACGGAAUCGGACACGAAACUCUUCUCUUCGGCAUUGGAGGACUUGACCAUCUACAACCCCAACAUUGCGGAAUUUAUCUGCUCGCGAAGUGUGGAAGCUCUCUAUAAGAAAGCUCCCUCGCGCGGCGUUACGAGCUACAACUUCGUGGUGAACGGUUGCCUGGUGAGAAGUGAGUAUGUCGGCCGUUGUUUCGAUUCCUUCUUCUACCCAGAGUGCGGAAACUUCGACGUGCUCAUUACGUCUGGAUCGAAGAACAAGGCACUGGAGGUGAAGUCUAUCAAGGUUCACAAGGUGAAGGCAAAGGCGACGAAGAAUUAAAGGUGAUACACUGCCCGAUCCGGCUACUUCUCAAAGCAAACAACCGUGUUAUGUUUUUCACGAUUUAACGUAAGCCCAAUACAAUGUGUCGUGGAUGUAUGGAAUGUAAAUGUAGUGAGAUCAUGG